AUGGGCAGCGUCGCAAGCGUAGCCAUCGUCUGCGCGGGUCUUUUCACUGCUGCCGCGGGCGGCACCGGCGUCUUCGCCUUUUGGCUUCUUCGUGGCAUGUACAACUCCAUCCAAGCGCUGCCGCCAACAGCCGAAAUGCUCGCAGACAGCGACUCCUGCGUGCUCUUCCGAUAUCUCCCGAUGCUGCGUGCGCGCGUCGCAUGGCGGCCACUGGGCGUCUUCCCGACGCCCGUGCACACAGCGACCUUGCCAUUGUCGAACUCCAAACGAACUUUCUACCUCAAGCGAGAAGACCUCUCGAGCCCGCGCUACGGCGGCAAUAAAGUCCGCACGCUUCAGCACCAGGUGGCCGCUUGCGAAGUGCAUUUGGCUGCGACACCCGACGCCAAGUUCAUUUGCAUCGGGUCUGCGGGCUCCAACCAAACGGUUGCUGCAGCCGUGCACGGCGCUCACUUGCCAAUCUACCCGUGUUACUACAAGGUGGACGCGCCAGACCUCGACAACACCAUCAACGUCCUCUCGGCGCUCUCGUUCAACCCCGCCAAAGUCUUUUUCUGGCGCCACAAACUCCAAAUGCUCUGCGCACUCGUUAGCGCCGUCUUCUUCAACGCCAACAAGGUCUUCUUCCUCGGCGGCAACAACGUACUUGGUGUCCUCGGCCAGAUCGGCGCUGUGCUCGAGCUGGCCGAACAGAUCCAAGCUGGUGACGCGCCCGACGUCGACGAGCUCUACGUGGCCGUUGGUUCGAGCUGCACUCUCACGGGGCUCGUCCUUGGCGUGGUCCUCGCUCGGCAUUUAGGUCUCCGCGCGUUUGAGCGCGCGAACUUCAAGAUCGUUGCCGUGCCAAUCCACCAUGGAUCUGCCAAGCUCUCACGGUCGUUGUCGCUUUACACUGCGGCGUGGGCAGCCUUUGUGCCGCUCACGCCGCGCUUUGGCAUCCGAUCGACGGCCGCGUUCCUCGUCAAAAAUGGUGUCUCGGUGGACUUGGAGCCAUUGGCCGUCGCCUUCUUGACAUCGCACGUCGAGGUUGUCGCGGACGCCGACCUCAUUGGCGAGUAUGGUGCACACUCGGCUCGAAGUGCCGUGGCCGCCGCCUUCGACGCGCACCUCGAUGUUCGUGGCGACGUCCCAGCGUGGCUCGCUAAAGAGAAAGCGCCCCAGCCGUGGCUGUGCGGCCAUUUCGUCGCCAAACCGUUUGCGUUGCUGCUCGAACGCAUGGAAGCAGCGCCUGUCGACGACAAGACGGUGCGUCUUCUGUGGCAAACCAAGAGCCUUGUGCAGCCAAAGGGCCCGAGCGACGAGUGGCCUCGGUUCCAGGAGCUCGCUGCGUCGUGUCCUAUCUUUCGCGACUGGGCCAUGCGCGGUCGAGCGUCCUCCGUUCUCCGCCGCGGCCACGUCAACGUCGACCAAGACAGUCGCAAGAGUUAUCAAACACUCAUGACCGAGCUGGCGUGA